AUGGGGCCCCAGUCCUUCCAGGUCCAUUGCUCGGCCGUGAUUGAGGCGUCUGUCAGUGGGAUCAAGGAGGGCCCUGUCACAGAGUUGAUGUGCAAAGUUCAGGAGCCAGAGAAGGCCAAGGUCCGUCCUGGGAACUGCAGGCCAUGCGACGUGAUGCAGAGGGAGGAUGUGGGGAAGGUGACAGAAUGCAUGAACUGUACCCGGCUCAGUGACAUGAGUGACCGGCUGACCACGCUGGAGGCCAAGGUUCUCCUUCUGGAAGCAGCAGAGCGGCCCUCGGGCCCGGACAAUGACCUGCCGACCCCCCAGAGCACCCCACCGCCCUGGAACGAGGAUCUCCUCCCUGACGCCCUCCCUCUCGCCCACCCCGGGCCCCAAAGGAGAAGGCCCACGGGCCCGGCCGGGCCCCCGGGACAGGCGGGACCACCAGGGCCUGCAGGUCCCCCAGGCUCCAAAGGUGACCGGGGCCAGGCAGGAGAGAAGGGCCCAGCGGGUCCUCCUGGCCUCUUGGGGCCGCCAGGGCCCCGUGGGCUUCCUGGAGAGAUGGGGCGCCCUGGCCCCCCCGGCCCCCCCGGCCCAGCAGGCAGCCCAGGCCUCCCUCCAAACGGCCCCCAAGGCGUCCUCUACUCCCUGCAGCCGCCGACAGACAAGGACAAUGCAGACGCGCAGCUGGCCUCUGCCGCCGUGGACACCGUGCUGGCGGGCGUCCCAGGGCCCCGGGGCCCCCCCGGCCCUCCAGGUCCCCCUGGACCACACGGUCCCCCUGGACCUCCAGGUGCACCAGGAUCCCAG